AUGGGAAAUCUUUUAGUAGACAGAAUAGCACCUCACCUGCAAGGAUUCAGAUGGAUUGUAGCAAACCAGAUCAGACUAUACAGUUGCUAUUGCUCCCCUAAUGUAGCCCUCACAGAGUUUGAGGACUUUCUAGAGAGACUUGAGGCAAGCAUUAGAGAAUCUGAUCUUCCAGCCGUAGUGGUGGGCGACUUCAAUUCCAAGUCAGGAACUUGGGGCAGUCCCAUCGAGGACGCAAGAGGACACCGGCUGGCGGACCUCAUGGCGUCAUUGUAUCUGAUAGCCUGCAACCAGGGAGGAUCGCCGACCUUUGUGAGAGGAAACUCUGGUACUCACAUCGAUGUUACUUUCGCCGCCUCAGUGCUGAUACAUAAGGUGUGCGAUUGGACAGUCUUGGAAGAAGAAUCGCUGAGCCUCCACAGGUACAUUACAUUCAGCAUCAGACAGGAACAAGGAAACCAGGGAGGUCAGCAAACAGGCAAAAGGUGGAGCUGGAAGAGGUUCGACCUAUCCAAACUACGGACGUUUGUGUCAUCGGUUGAGUUCGAGGACUCUGCCAAUGCCGCAGCUGCAACACACAGACUGAAGUCAAUUGUGGAGGAAGCCUUCAACAAGAGUAUGCCUAAGGGAAAUUACAAGGGAGGAAAGAAACCGGCCUAUUGGUGGACGACGGAAAUUGAUGAGCUGCGCAGGAAAUGCCACUCAACCCGCAGGCAUAUAAAAAGAGGCAGACUCAGAGGAGAGCCUUAUGCGAAUGGAGUGGAAAACAUUGAAUAUAGGGAGGCAAGGAGAGAGCUUAAACACGCGAUUAAUAAGAGUAAGAAGAACUGUUGGAGCAACCUAUGCAAACAAGUCGACACGGACCCAUGGGGAUUACCGUACAAAUUGGUGACAAAAAAACUGAUAGGCCGGAAACCAAUUCCAGGGAUAAACCUACCGGGUCGACUGGAGAGUAUAGUGGACACAAUGUUCCCGAACAUCGCUGCCGUAGAGUGGCCAGUUGCGGCGGACAAAUAUGUAUUCCUGGAGGUAACGGAGGCGGAGAUCAUAGGACAGGCGAAGAAAGUCCCGAUAGGCAAAGCUCCAGGACCGGAUGGUGUACCAGAUCUAGUCAUCAAGAGAAUUGCCGAAAUCCGACCUGACAUCCUCUGCAAGACAUUUAAUUUGUGCUUGGGCGAUGGUAUUUUCCCGGCAGUAUGGAAAGAGGCAGCGCUGGUCUUGCUGCCAAAAGGCAAUAGGCCACUAGACCAACCUUCUUCAUACAGACCAAUAUGUCUACUCAAUACUGCGGGCAAGUUUUUCGAGCGGAUAAUUAAGGGAAGAAUAGAAGCGCAUCUGGAGGAUCAAGGGGGACUGAGGGACCGACAGUUGUUCAAAGAAGUUUCCAAAAAAGUACAGCGAAGAGACUGUAUACAAUUCUGA